AUGCUCCUUCGCAGUGCCACGGCGUUCAGCGUGCAUCAGAUCCUGGUGGUGGGUCGGAGGGAUUUCAGCGCGUUCGGAAGCCAUGGAGCCGCAGAUCACGUCUCGCUGAAGCAUUUUAAUACUCUCACAGACGCCAAGUCUUACCUCCAGGAGAGGGAGUGCAGCAUAUGCGGAGUGGAGAUAGUGGACAAUGCGCGCCCCAUACAGUCACACCCAUUCACUGGCAACACUGCUUUUCUCCUUGGAAACGAGGGCACAGGACUCUCCUCCUCGGAGCUAGCUGUGUGUGACUCGUUUGUCUACAUUCCACAGCACGGCCCCGGGACUGCGUCCCUCAACGUCAUUGUCGCAGCCUCCAUCGUCCUGCACCACUUUGCAGUGUGGGCCCAGUACCCUGAGCGGGAGCGGGAAGGUGCGAAGUUUUCAGUGGCUGCCCGGCCACUGAGAAGAGGCCCUCGCAAUCGCUGCCCGGAAGAUCCUGCUGAGCUGGCAGCUCGGCGCCAAGGCAGGCAGGAAGCAGCUGAUUGUGACACGUGGCAGGAUAUGGAGGAUGGGCCAUUGGGAUUGUUGGAAGGGGAGGAAGGGGAAGGCUAG